UACAACACAAGAAACAGAUCUUUCAGAUAGGAUGUAUCUACAAUAAAACCUCCCCCAGCACCAGUGGCUGGAGAGGUGGUCAGAGACAAAGGAAUGUCUUUGAUCAUACAGUUUGAAACAAUGUAGAGAUGGUAAGCAUAAAAAUGACAACAUUUAACAAUUCACUUUAACAUACACCAUCACCACUUUUCACCGCUAAUGACAUAAUUGUCAUCCACAGUGUAGAGUGUUUUCAGCAAACAGCAGAGAGGUACUGCUGCUGGUAUGCAACAUUUACAUCUAUAUGGCCUUAAUAAGUAAGAUAUUUAACUUUGUAUUCUGCUUUUUCGCAUAUACCCAACUAGGGUUGGAUAAGCACGCUAACAUAUUUGGUUGGUGGCCAACAGCGUAUUUUUAAAACAUAGUACAGAUUGUAAAAAAAGAAAAAUCAGUUACUGUCAUUAUUUGAAUUUUUAGGUACAUGGCUCCACAGCUCGAGAGAUUAAUCUGUGGUUUGGCCUGAGGGGGAUGAUCCAGGAGGGAGGUGUGCUUUCACUCUGGAGGGGAAAUGGUAUCAACGUCCUCAAAAUUGCCCCUGAAUCCGCCAUUAAGUUCAUGGCCUACGAACAGAUCAAGUGGCUGAUCCGAGGUAAUAAAGAGGGGGGCAGUUUAAGGGUACAAGAGAGGUUCAUUGCUGGGUCGCUUGCAGGAGCUACUGCCCAAACUAUCAUCUAUCCCAUGGAGGUGCUGAAAACUCGCCUUACAUUAAGGAAGACCGGACAGUACUCAGGUAUGGCUGACUGUGCCAGACAGAUUCUGAAGACUGAGGGUAUCCGAGCAUUCUACAGAGGAUACCUGCCCAAUACAAUGGGCAUCAUUCCAUAUGCUGGCAUUGACUUGGCUGUGUAUGAGACCCUGAAGAAUGCCUGGCUCCAGAGGUACUGUGUCAACUCAGCAGACCCAGGAGUUUUGGUCCUGCUGGGCUGUGGUACUGUCUCCAGCACCUGUGGCCAGCUAGCGUCAUAUCCCCUCGCUCUCAUCCGGACUCGCAUGCAGGCACAGGCCAUUACUGAGGGUAAACCCAAGCUGACCAUGGUGGGUCAGUUCAAAUACAUCAUAUCUCAUGAAGGUGUGCCAGGUCUGUACCGAGGCAUCACGCCCAACUUCCUCAAAGUUAUUCCUGCUGUCAGCAUCUCCUAUGUGGUCUACGAGCACAUGAAGAAGGUCCUUGGAGUGGUUUACUAGACUGAUGCGACAAACACAACUGUGGAGGCAGAAACACAUUUGUUAGAAGAAGCAGAAGUGGAGAAUUAAGCUUCUCGGGCCUCUGAAGAGAGAAGAUGAAGGAUCAGUGCACCGAUGCCAUAAAACAUUUGUGGACACCAUCAACUUCCAACCUUUUUAAAGUGCAGGUACUAGGUCAGCAGGAUAAAUUUAUUGAUCUAGGAGAGGAGAAUGAGGCUAAUGAUGCCUACUCUAACAGUAUUAUGUUAUGCUUGAGGAAUCAUCAAAAAGUUCUUAGGAAUGAAAAUUCUUACCCUAUUCUUUUCACCCUUAUCCAGAUGGACUCACUUGCGGCUGCUAUUUUUUGUGUUCUCCUUCUCCAUCCAGUGUCUCAGCACAUUCCAGUAGAACUCCACGUUUACAUUGUCAUAAAUUUAUAGUGCACAGUACAUGUCACAAAAAAGGACAAGGAUUCUCCUGAUCUUGUUUCUCACUUUUUUCCAUGGCCCUUUUUCCAGAAUGUUUGGAUAACGUCUCACACAAGCAAGAGUUGAAUCUCAGACUUUUUGUCCUGUAAGCAACAUUUUGGGUUGGUUUAAAGGUAUCAAUAUGUAGUAUAUCAAUAUCUGAUAAUGAUUUAGGAAAGGUCACAAAAAAUACUGCAAAAUACAUGAGAUUCCAACAGCGGGUUAUCAGAUUCCAAAAAGGAGGACUUCUCAGAAUUUUGUCGAAACAAACAUGAGGUAAACAGCUGGGUUUGCUUGUUCAAGUUAUAAAAUAAUAUAGAAGCAGUGUGUGCAUGUGAGCUGCAGCAUGACUUAGCUAUGCAUUGCUGUAAACCUUUGAAACCUUUAACUGUUUUGCUGCUAGCUGUUGCUGGAAACUACAUUGAAAUAAAUGGAGAAGAUGGAUUU